CGCUGAGACCCACGGCCCGCAGGAAACCCCGGGAGGCCGCUCCGGCGCCGAGCAAGCAGUCAAGCCGAAAGUCGAACCUCGCCUGGCUGCCGCGUUCGGUCGCUCGCUCGCUCCCUCUCUCCCCCCGCGGCCCGUCCGAGACCAUGUAAACCGGAGACCGGCUUCAGCUCGAAGGCCGUCCCCGAAGAGCGGGGAGGGCGCCGGAGCAGCUGGCUCGGGAAGGCCCCGCCGUGCUCCGGAGCGCGCGUGGGUUGGGGGGGGGAAGAACAUGGCGGCGUCUAAUCUCUUAAAGAAUAAAGGAUCACUUCAGUUUGAAGACAAAUGGGAUUUUAUGCGCCCAAUUGUUCUGAAGCUUUUACGGCAGGAAUCUGUUACUAAACAACAGUGGUUUGAUCUAUUUUCAGAUGUCCAUGGCGUUUGUUUGUGGGAUGAUAAAGGCCCAGCAAAAAUACAUCAGGCCUUGAAAGAAGAUAUCCUUGAUUUUAUUAAACAAGCACAAGCAAGAGUGCUGAGCCACCAAGAUGAUACUGCAUUACUGAAAGCCUAUAUUGUAGAAUGGCGUAAAUUCUUCACACAAUGUGAUAUCUUACCCAAGCCAUUUUGUCAGUUAGAAAUUACUCUCAUGGGUAAACAAGGCAGCAAUAAAAAAUCCAAUGUAGAAGACAGUAUUGUACGGAAGCUCAUGCUAGAUACCUGGAAUGAGUCCAUAUUUUCAAACAUAAAAACUCGCCUUCAAGACAGUGCAAUGAAGUUGGUCCAUGCUGAACGUUUAGGAGAAGCAUUUGACUCUCAACUUGUCAUUGGUGUUAGAGAAUCUUACGUUAAUCUGUGUUCCAAUCCUGAUGAUAAACUCCAGAUUUAUCGGGAUAAUUUUGAAAAAGCAUACCUAGAUUCAACAGAGAGAUUUUAUAGAACUCAGGCCCCUUCGUAUUUGCAGCAGAAUGGUGUACAGAACUAUAUGAAAUAUGCAGAUGCUAAAUUAAAGGAAGAAGAAAAAAGAGCACUACGGUAUUUAGAAACAAGGCGUGAAUGUAACUCUGUAGAAGCACUUAUGGAGUGCUGUGUGAAUGCUUUGGUGACUUCCUUUAAAGAGACAAUUUUAGCUGAAUGCCAAGGCAUGAUCAAACGCAAUGAAACAGAAAAAUUACAUUUAAUGUUUUCUUUGAUGGAUAAAGUUCCUAAUGGAAUAGAGCCUAUGUUAAAAGAUUUAGAAGAGCAUAUUGUUAAUGCUGGAUUAGCAGAUAUGGUAGCAGCUGCUGAAACUAUAACUACUGAUUCUGAAAAAUAUGUAGAACAAUUGCUUACACUGUUUAAUAGAUUUAGCAAAUUAGUUAAAGAAGCUUUUCAAGAUGACCCAAGAUUUCUUACUGCCAGAGAUAAAGCAUAUAAAGCAGUUGUUAAUGAUGCUACAAUAUUUAAACUUGAAUUACCAUUGAAACAGAAGGGUGUUGGAUUGAAGACACAACCAGAGUCCAAAUGCCCAGAGUUACUUGCAAAUUAUUGUGAUAUGUUAUUAAGAAAAACACCACUAAGCAAAAAAUUAACCUCUGAAGAAAUUGAAGCAAAACUUAAAGAAGUGCUAUUGGUACUCAAGUAUGUACAGAACAAAGAUGUUUUUAUGAGAUACCACAAAGCUCAUUUAACAAGGCGUCUUAUAUUGGAUAUAUCAGCAGACAGUGAAAUAGAAGAGAACAUGGUUGAAUGGCUGCGGGAAGUAGGUAUGCCAGCAGAUUAUGUAAAUAAAUUGGCAAGGAUGUUUCAGGAUAUUAAGGUAUCUGAAGAUCUUAACCAGGCCUUCAAGGAAAUGCACAAAAAUAAUAAACUGGCCCUCCCAGCUGAUUCUGUGAAUAUUAAAAUUUUAAAUGCUGGGGCUUGGUCCAGAAGUUCUGAAAAAGUUUUUGUAUCACUGCCAACGGAAUUAGAAGAUCUUAUCCCCGAGGUUGAAGAGUUCUACAAAAAGAACCACAGUGGCCGGAAGCUUCACUGGCAUCAUUUAAUGUCCAAUGGAAUUAUAACUUUCAAGAAUGAAGUUGGCCAGUAUGAUUUGGAAGUUACUACGUUUCAAUUGGCUGUGCUUUUUGCAUGGAAUCAAAGACCCCGAGAAAAAAUUAGUUUUGAAAACCUUAAACUAGCGACAGAACUUCCAGAUGCUGAGCUUAGGAGAACUUUAUGGUCUCUUGUAGCAUUUCCAAAGUUGAAACGUCAAGUUUUGCUGUAUGAACCUCUAGUCAAUUCACCCAAAGACUUUACAGAGGGAACUCUCUUCUCAGUGAACCAGGAGUUCAGUUUAAUAAAAAAUGCUAAAGUUCAAAAAAGAGGUAAAAUAAACCUUAUUGGUAGACUGCAGUUAACAACAGAGAGAAUGAGAGAAGAAGAGAAUGAAGGAAUAGUCCAGUUAAGAAUAUUACGAACCCAGGAGGCUAUCAUCCAAAUAAUGAAAAUGCGGAAGAAAAUUACUAAUGCUCAACUUCAGACUGAAUUAGUAGAGAUAUUAAAAAAUAUGUUCUUGCCACAGAAGAAAAUGAUAAAAGAGCAAAUUGAAUGGCUUAUAGAACACAAAUAUAUCCGAAGAGAUGAAUCUGAUAUCAAUACGUUUAUAUACAUGGCAUAGCCUAAGGAUUUACUGGAAAAUGCCAAGAAAUGUGCAGUUGGAGUGGUUUGGGCAGAAAAAAAAAUACAAGAAGACUGUGCUGUAAAAGGACUUGACCUGCAUUACUUACUCAAAUUCCUGCCUUACCUUAUCAGAGGACUUUAUUUUGUGAAUCUCUCUCUCUCUCUCUUUUUCAGUUAGCAUGAUGGUGUUCCCCUCAUCUUGUGCACAUUUUUAACAGCAUGCUGGUUUUGUGGAGAAACAACAUUCACAGAGAGCCCAUUGUGAGAAUAUUAGGAUUUGAGUUGUACCUGGAAAAGAACAGAUCUGGGAUUUUUAUAUUACAGAACUUGCACAAAGAAAAAAAUUUCAAGAUAUUCAUGCACUGAAAAACUUGCUAGUUUUCAUUUUCACAUAAGAAAGAGAGAAGCAAAUAGGUUAGAUGUAGCACUUCAUACUUUGUGUUUUGGAACAACUGCCUAAAUGUAUUGUCCUCCUUUUGAUCUCUUCCCCAUGUAUAAUAUUUGAACAACACACAAAUGCAUCACAUCUAUAUAUACAUAUUUAUCUGUUAGCUUAAACAAGUGUUUCAGUAUGAAAAUUGGAUUGGAAUACUGGGAUACUAGUAAUCCUAACAGGAUAUAUUAUAUAUGUCACAUAGUUUGCUUCAAUCUCUCCCCUCCCCCUUUUUUAAAAAAAAUUCACUUUAUUCAUGGAAAGAUCUGUUUGUAGUGAAAAAAAUAUAUUAAAUGUAUUUGUUUAUACAUUUAAUACUGGCAUUCACUAUUUUAAUACUGGCAGAAAACAAGUACAUUAAACAUAACCAGUACACAGUUCCCUCAAAAUAGUAACAUUUUGACAAUCCUUAUAUAUUCCUUUAUUUAUUUGAAAAUAACUAAACUUAUGUUUAUACAUGUAAUUAAACUCUGAAAAAAAAAAGAGAAAGCGUGGAAGAAGGCAUGUUUUUGGUCUAGUUUGAUCAACUAAUAGAUUGAUCAAUCGCAUAGGCUGUUGACUUACUCUACCAACAACAGUUGUAGCAUAGCCCCAUAAGCUUAGUGAGAUGUAUCAAACCCAUCACUAAGUUGAAGGCCCUUUUCUCUUUUCCUUUAAAAAGUCUGCCUCAGAUUUAAGUGAAGAAACACACACUAAGGCUGUGAAAUAGUGUAUAGAGGGCAAAAAGAAUACAGAAUGUCAGAUUAAAAUAAAUGCUAGUGAAGGACUCCCAAGGUUUUAGCUUCUCUAAAUGAUUUCCUAUUGUGCCAUAUUGUUAGCACCUCUUUACAAAACUACGUUUGAGAUUUUAGCAAUGCAUAUGAAUUUUCUUAACUUUCAGUUGUUACAUUAGACUAUGGCUGCUAAUUGGUAGAAAAGUAAGAUCAAGACAGACUGUAAUUGUGGACCAAAUGAAUUUAGCAGGCUGUAUUUUACAUAACAAGACAGUGCCAGGGGUAUAAUCCAGUGGAAAUGGAAAUCGGUUCAAACUGCAAGAUUUUCUGAUUUCUCAUCUGUACUCCCUUGUCUACAAUCUUCCUGAAUAAAUUCUUAAAGAGUGCAUGACAUGUCCACAGGGGAAAGAAAAUUUGUCCCCUCCUCCAAAUUGGAAACUGGUCUUUGAAUUCUGCCUCAAAACCUUGCACUGAUGCACACAUACAGAUUAUAGCUACCAACUAUAAUGAAUGUCCCCAGGGCUAGGUUGAGAAAACCCUACUAUGAUGCAGUGGAGAAUUACAGACAUUCAUGGUUAUGAAAAAAGUAAAUGAAGACAGGGUGCUGACCUGAAGUUUCAUCUUCUGUAUUUAUGUGCAUUUUUUAUUACUUGUAGAACAGAGAUUAAUAUUUUUAAAGUGUUCGCUGCAAACUUAACAUAGGAUUGUUAAAAUUUCAAUUUCAAAAUGUUGUGAAUAAAAGUCAGAAAAAAAAGUUGUAUAUAUUAUCCAACAUCCAAUAUAUGUUAAACUAAAAUUGAUUUACCAGAAGUCUUUUGUACAUGCUACAAGAUUUCUAAAACUCCGCAUUAGAUUUGGAAAUAAAGUUAGAAAUGGGUAGAAAAAGACAAAAACUUUUUUUUAGAAAGUAUGUACAUAUUUCUAAACUUCUUUGGUAGAGUCCUUUUGACUUUGCUUCCUGUUACUUCGGAUGCGAAAGGAGCAGGCACGCGGCAUUGAAUAUCCAACCAGCCGUAAACCUCAUAUUUAAUGAUGUCCAAAUGCUAGCAAUUUGACUUUCAGAAUGAUUUCAUUUUUUAGCAGGGCAAGUCUUUUAAAAAUUAAAUCUUGUGUCUGACUUUUAAGUUCCUUUAGGCUUAAUGAAUAGCUCUUCAGAAUUACCUCUCUCUAUACUUCCUUUUGCUUCUCAGAAACAGAUAACUGAUUCAGUGUAAGAGAUUAUUUUCUGAAGGGAUACCAUCCGCAGGUAUACAUUAGCCUGGAUGUUGCUAGUGGAAAACUCCUUAUUUACAUUAAAAAUAUUGAUUACACAUGUCUUACUUUUUAAUCCCAUUUCAUUCAUAAUUUAAGUGGGUUUAAAGCCAGAAAAUAGAACAAACAAUACGCUAUAAGCAUAGUUCAGUACUUAUGCACAUUGGAAUACAUGCCAUGUGAAACAUGAUUCAAACCUCACACCAGCAAUUUUCUUAAAGCUGCAGCAUCACAUUUAGCAUUUCUGCUUGGACAUUUUCAACAAGAUGCCCUUAAGGCUAUCUUUGUUGUGAAGGUAGCUAUAUAUGGAUUUAAAAUAUAUGCAGAAGUGUGGAUACUUUUCACAUCUAAAAGUAAAUUAAAUAAUCAGUCCUUGCGAUAUGGCACUUUUCAAGCUGAUUUUUUUAGCUUUGGAUUAUUUUUAUUAUUAUUUUUGUUCCCUCCAAAGAUCUAGAAUAAAGAGGUGCUGCUUCUAGGAAAAAAAAAUGUUGCCACAAGCAUUGCCAUUGUGGUUUGUAUUAGGUUAUAUUAUAAAUGUGAAAAA